GCAGUAAGAUCAGUAGCAGGGAGACUAAUUAGGAAGCUACUGCAAUAAUCUAGGUGAGAGAUGAUGGUGGUUUGGACCAAGGUGGUAGCAGUGGAUGUGAUGAGAAGCAGUGGCAUUCUGUAUAUGUUUUAUGGGUAAGAACUGCAGGAUUUGCUGACAGAUUGGAUGGAGGGUGUGAGAGAAAGAGAAGUCAAGGAUGACUCCAAGAUUUUGGCCUGAGCAACUAACUAUGAAUUUUGGAGUUAUAUAUUCAAGUUCCAAUGUGAAAUAUUAAAUUAAUAUAUUUGUUGGGAUUACAUGGAAUAUUUAGAUUCAUAUAAUUGAUUUUUUUUAACAAUUUACACAAGAAUAAGUUGUUGAUGGAGAUGGUUCUGGCUAUCUGCCUCCAUGAAAAUGAAUUUCCCUUGGCAAGACCAAGCUGGCAUCUUAUGUAACAUACGGCACUGUACGGACUAGAGAUACAAGCAUGCCUCAGAGAUACCGAGGAUCCUGUUCCAGACCACUGCAACAAAGUGAAUAUUGCAAUAAAGCAAGUAACACGAUUUUUUUGUUUUCCCAGUGCAUAUAAAAGUUAUGUUUCGAUUGUACUGUAGUCUAUUAAGUGUGCAGUACAACACUUACGUCUAAAAAAAUGUGCAUACCUUAAUUAAAAAAUACUUUAUUGCUAAAAAAUGCUAACCAUCAUCUGAGCCUUCAGUGAGCCGUAAUCUUUUUGCUGGUGGAGGGUCUUGUAAAAAAUGCAAUACUAUAUGAAAUGUUUAGAACAGGCAAAUGCACAGAGAUAGAAAGCAGAUUGGUGGUUGCCAGGGGCUGGGGGGAUGCAGAAUGGAGACCAACUGCUUAAAAGUACUGGAUUUCCUUUUGGGGUGAUGAAAAUGUUUAGGAGGUACAUAGAAGUGGUAGUUGCACAACAUUGUGAAUAUACUAAAUGCCACUGAAUUGUGCACUUUGAAGUGUUAACUUUAUUUAUGUGAAUCUCACCUCAAUAACGAACAAAAGCAACUCCUUGAGUAAUAUGGAUGUAGAGGAUUUAGGAAUCACAUUUUGGUCAACCAAUCUUACUUCAUAUAAUUUGGAUCUCCAAAGGAUGAGGAUUGUAAUUCUUCUGUGUUCUCUCCACUUGAAGGCCUCUGAGGAGUCAUGUAGAAAGAACUGAAAUAGCAGACCAUACUAUCCCCACCACAGACCCUAAUUGCACAAGUUCACUUGUCUAGUUCAGUCCUUUAUCUCACACCUUCCACCUCUCCAGUUUCCUGUCUUGAUAGUAUCUUCCUGCCCAUCCUGAAAUAUGAUUACCAUGUAGGUUGAAUUCCUGAUUCUGACCAAUCCAGGUGGCUGCUGUCCAUUACUUUCUUUACCAAGUUUGUUUUUUACCAAGUUUGCUUUCAACUUGCAGUUUGCAGUUAGCCUACUCUGACCAAUCAGGAGACAAGUAUGGGUUACUUUGUUGUUUAUCCUGAACUUUCCAGAAUUUCUGCAACCUCAACACAAGUGCAAACUUCUAAGUACAAGCCUUGGGGCCUUCUUACCACAUCUAGCCCAGCUAACUGAUCCCAGAGCCCCCAACACUCCCCUGCACCCUGGCUCUGAAGUCUUCCCAUAUUCCCCACCCCAUAGCAGCAGGAGAGAGCCUACUACCUGUUGAAGUGGGAAGAGAGGAUCAGGGAGGCUUCGUGCAGGGGGCUGCAUGUGAGCUGGGCCCUGAGGGGUGAGCAUGGCAGGGAAAGGACAUUCCGGUAAGAGGCAAUCACACAAAAGGCGUGAUUAGUAUAGAGGCCUAAAGCAUAGACAUCGGGUUCAAACUCUAGGCUGGCCAUUUCCUAGUUCUUUUCAUGAUCCCAUCCCUCAGUCCUCUCUCACCCCACACCCAUCCCCACUGUUUAAUAAACACUCUCCUAACUGCCCAUGCUCAGUUAGAUAGCUGCCCAUUCUGUGUAUCUAGUCUUCAAUGGCUGGAUUCAUCCUCAUUUAAUGCCCCUAAUGCAUAUGUGCAAUUGUCAGCUAUUUAAGGCUCACUUUCCAGUCCAGAUAGGUCCCUACCCUGUCCUGUUACCACUUCCAUUUCUCUUUCCUAAUUUUAGUAUAUGUGCUGCCAAAGCAAGCACUCCUAAAUAUAGUUGCUGUGGAGGAGUUAAAGUUCCUGCUAAGACCAAUCAGGUAUCUGGCUUGAGUUUGAUCCAAAAGCAGAAAUGGCAGGGAAGAACUUUCUAGAAGGGGACAAUGAUAUGCAAAGCUGAAAACGACGGUUGAGGGAUUGUUUGAAAUCAUUGCUGGAACCUAUCACGGAGCCCGAUGCGAGUUACUUUGCGGUUCUUUUAUUCUGCAACAGUUCCUGCAACCCCAACUCAAACACAAACCAAAUCCUUCCCACCAAAUGCAAGCAAACACCUCAGUAUGGGCGGGUUUUCCACUUACAGAGAACAGGAGUAGAUAGUAUUCCUGUCAAUCAUUCUCUCCCCAACCAAUCAGGAUCUUUGAAGGCGGAGCCAUAGACUGGCUAUAAAAGGAGCCCAACGGGCCUGCGCCGUGGAGCCAUUUCAUGCGAGUCGCGUAGAGUGGCGUGCUCCUCGGGUACGAGGACACGUGUUGGCUGCUCCCGCGUGUAAUCACAAGUAAUCACAAAAGCGUAAGGUUAAUUUAAUUCUCAAUUGUCUUUGAUAGUUGGCUAUUUGUAGUAUGCUUUUUAUAUAUGGGUAUGUGAAAUGUAAUAAUAUACUUUAAUAAUAUUAUAAUUAAUAAUAUACUUUAAUGGUGUGAAGAGGAUAGGAUUUGUGACAAUGUGGGUCCAUUAGCCGAAUUUGGGCACAGUAUCGUGCCUUAUGUUAUAACGUGAUGACUCUUUAAUAGUUUAUUUGUUUAAAUAUUGUUCUUGGUCCCCUGUUGUACGUGGUGUUAAGGUGCUAUGGUAUUUUCAACUUAAAAAUGAGAAAGUGGAUGGCGCUGUUGUCUCAGCCAGUGUGGGACAGCGCUGUGGCUGCCAGGGAACUGAUUUUGCCAUUUAUUUUAAAUCUUUGGAUGAUUAUUGUGUAUUUGUUUAAUUUUUGGUCGUGGCCCCUCUGUUUCUGUUAUUUUCAACCUGAAAAGGAGAAAUUUCGCACGCUCAGGAAUCAUGCAUGGAUUAGGACAGUUAGUGGCUGUUGGCUGCUUUUGAGCAUAGUUUUUUUUCUUAAAUAUUAUUUGUGUGGUAAAAUUUUAGAAUCAAACUUCUCAUGUGCUGACUUAAUUUAAACAGAAAAAAAAAAACUAUUCUGGUAUUUUCAACUUGAAAAUGAGGAAACUGACGAUCUGAUCGCCGCAGGAUUUGUUUAUUGACGACCUUAAAGGCGCCGUUCUGCAUUUUGACUGAACUGGGUUCAUUUUGAAAAGGCAAACCUCUGAAGCAGCAGUCUUGUCUGAUCUUGUAGCCACAAGCCAGUAGCAGACGCAGAAGGAUGGAAUGGACCAGAUUGUAGAAAACGAAAACAAACUUUGGGAGUCGAAGGAGUGCAGGGCUCUGCUUAUGUUCUUUUGUUUCAACAGGUCAUAGUCUCUGUCAGCCCAGCGGACAAACCACAAGCUUGAUUGGUAAGCGUUCCUCAUAUUUGGUGCUGUUUUCCCCAGACUGCUAUCUGGUGUGUUUCUUUCAAACAGGUAGAGGUCCUGUGCCUGAACCCGAUUUCACCUUUGCUAAGUGUCAAUUCUCUGGCAGAGUAUGUGUCUUUCUAUGAAAAUAUCCAUAUUGGUUCUGAUGAAGAAUCUUGUUAUUGGUUUUUAAUCCAGUUUCGCUGUUUCCACCUGAGCUGUUAAGUGCCUGCCUGUCUCAGGAUCCUUGAGGAGUAGCCACCUUGCCUUGGGAAUCAAGACUCUGCCCUCAUGCAACCACGGACAGCUCUUGAAGGAUAUUGGUUUUAUCACUGAGGAGCUGGAUAUCCGGAAUCUGAAGAGGCUCUGGUAGAAAACCAACAUUAGAAACAGGAUCAUUCUGUAUAGAGAAUUAAAGAACCAUUUCUUUGGUAUUGUCUCCACAAGUGAACUUGCAAAACAAGUUGGAACUUCGAGAUUGUCAAUAAUUCCGGAUACGUGUAUUUCAAUAAUUCCGGAUACGUGUAUUUUAUUUGUAAAAAAAGCAUGGCUCCUCUAAUUGUACGUGGUUUUGCCCAAAUAUGGGACAGGAAGAUUGGGAUGUCUAAGUCGAAAGAAGCAUUCAUCCAAACAGUGGAAGAGAAGAAGAAACUUAGACUGGUGGUCUGUUUCAACACUGGAGAGUAUACAACUUUUCAGCUAAUUAAUAAUAUUAAAAAUGUGGUUUUUAGAUCUUACGGAGAAAACCAAAAUCACCUGCAUUUAACUUUCCAAAAUGAUAACUUCUUGUUUAUUGAAAGAUUAUCCUCCAGAGAUGCUGAACAGUUGAAGAUGUUCCUGGAUAGAGUCCAUCAAAAUAAUCUUCAACCACCCAUGAGACCUUGUAGGGAUGGAGGUGUCUUUGCUGGCACAACAACACAGAAGGAAAUGAACAAAACUUCAUUUCACAAAGUGUGUAAGAGGUCAAGUAGUGCAGCUUAUGAGACAGGAGAAGGAAACGGAAUACCUGACCUCAAGAAGAUGCCUUUGUUUACAUCAAAAUUAUCAACACUUACCUGCAAAGAGUUAUUAGAAAAGCGAUGUGAGAAGAGGAAAAAGAUGCUAUCAUCUGGUUCAGAGAUGAAUGAGAACUUCCCAAAGGAGAAUAACUCUGUCAGAAACAAGGAAUCCAAGAGAAAUCCCUUGAAGUAUGCAAGCCACAAUGAGAAGAAAAAAUCGAAGAUAAAAGAGUUGAGAGAGAGUGAGAAAUUAGAAUUUGGACGUAAAUUCAAGACCGAUUUUACUGGAAACCCUUUCCUAGAUGGCACUGCUCUUUCCCAAAUUCUGUAUGAGAAAAUGUAUUUGGCAUUUCUGUUGGAACCAAAGUUUAGUGAGGAUGACCCAGAGUGGAAGAAACUCAAGAUGACCUUUGACAGUUACCCAGAAAAACUAUGGGAAGGCCUCCCCAAUUUGGGCAACACCUGUUACAUGAAUGCAGUUUUACAGUCCCUAUUUUCGAUUCCAUCAUUUGCUGAUGAUUUACUCAAUCAGGGUUUCCCAUGGGGGAAAAUUCCCUUUGAUGUUAGCACGUGCUUGGCACAGCUGCUUGUUUUGAAAGAUAUUUAUAACGUAAAACUCAAGGAAAAGUUACUUGUGAAGAUUAAAAAGACCAUUUCAGCAGUUGCAGGGAUAUUCUCUGGCAACAAACAGAAUGAUGCUCAUGAGUUUUUAGGUCACUGUUUAGAUCAGAUAAAAGAGAACAAAGGCAAAAUAAACAGUAUUUGGAAGACUAAAAUUGAAUCUGAGGAAGAAAAUUCACCUCAACCGAUUUUUGCUAGCAAUGCUGCCACCGAAGUCCUGGUUUGUCCUGUCAUCACUAAUUUUGAAUUUGAGUUGCUGUGCUCUAUUAUUUGUAAAGCCUGUGGUAAGGUUGUUCUCAAGAGAGAAGUGAGUAAUUAUCUCUCCAUCAACCUUCCCCAAGGAAUGAAAGCACUUCCUUUGUCUAUUCAAUCUACUUUUGAUCUUUACUUUGGAGUGGAAGAGCUUGAGUAUAAAUGUGAGAAGUGUAAGCACAAGAGUUCUGUUGCAGUGCACAAAUUCAGCAGGCUGCCCAGGGUCCUUAUUGUUCAUCUGAAACGCUAUAGCUUUAAUGAGUCGUGGUCUUUAAGGAAGGAUGACCAGGAAGUCAUUAUUUCCAAAUAUUUGAAAUUGUCUUCUCAUUGCAAUGAAAGUACCAAACCACCUCUUCCCUUGAGCAAGAAUAUACGUACUAGGGAUUUCCAAAUCUUAAAGAUCCUUCAAAAGAUGCAUUCUGAAGCCAUCAGUUCAUUGACUGCUUCAACGAAUUUGGCCUCGGAAUCCAGGAAUUCCGUGACUCCACACACUGGAUCAGACAAAGAGCCUGAACCACAAAAAUACCAAAUUGUCAAUAAAGGAACUGGUAGAGAACAGCAGAAAAAAGAGCUGGAAAAAUAUUCUAAACUGAAUAUAAUAGAGUCCAAAUUGGUAAACUCAGCACAUGGAAGAAUCAUUGAAAAAGAGCUGUUAGCAGCUGGCUUGAUGACGGGUCUGAAAGACGCCUCCCUUUCUCAGACCCGUGGAGGUGAACGUAAGUCCACCAGCAGUCCGGGUACUUGUCUUGCAGUUCAUUCUCAAGAAGUGCUUGAACAUCUAAAACUAAAGAAAUAUGAGAAAACCCAUAUGCUUGUAGAUUUUGAGAAUGUCACUGAGACUACUGAAGAUUUUUAUGGAGACAAAAAACCCAGAAUUCCAGAAGGAUUCCGAAGAGUGGCUCAACAGAUCCAGCAGUGUAAAAGGAUGAGAAUCUACGAACAAGCCCUUCAGCAAGCACUGCUUCAAAGCCUUCCGAAGCCAGAUGCCCAGUGGUACACAGAGCGCCUCAGAAGACCUACAGAAUUAAGUCUCCAGGAGGCCCAUGUGAAUUCCCUAGGUGCAUUGGGUUCCAAUAAAAACCCUGGAAACAAAGACCUUUUCGAUAUGGAGAAGACAGAAGCUAAAGCCAAGAAACCAAAAAGAAAUGCCGAGAUGGGAGAUAGUCAUGCCUAUCGUCUCAUUGCUGUUGUCAGCCACCUUGGGAAGACCCCAGAUUCAGGCCAUUAUAUCAGCGAUGCCUAUGACUUUGAGAGGCAAGUCUGGUUCACUUAUAAUGAUCUGCAGGUAGCAAGUAUCCAAGAGGCUGUGAUGCAGGAGGCCAGGCUUUGCACGGGGUACAUCUUCUUUUACAUGCACAAUGAGAUCUUUGAAGAGCUGUUGGGAAGGGAAGGGAAGUCCCAGCCUUUUAACACAAAGGCUGGGGAGACCCCUCAGGGGGAAUAAGAGGAACAGACUUAUGCUUGCACAGAUCUGCUUGACUGCCUCACUGGCUACCACUUCCUCCGUGGAAGGAAAACUCUGAACUCUAGCCAAAGAUGAAGAGGCAGUUAGCUUCCAGGACCAAAGUUCAAGCAGAAACACUUAUGGAGAAAUCUCCUUUCUAACCCUGAUACAGACACCUCAGUCCCACAGUUACAGCUGAUAAGCAUUAAUUCUCUCCCAUUAGACUAGAAUUGUGCUUUCCAUAUUCUAAUGCAAUGGCUUUUAAUUGCAACGUCAGGAGCAUGGAGGAACUUGUUAGGAAUAAAAACUCCUUGCAUUCUACCACAGACCUGCAAUUCAGAACCCCAGGGUCGGGGUCAGCAAUUUGAUGGAGAGUCUGAUGCUUGAAAAAGUUGGAGAGCCACUACUGUAGUGUAUAGAGUAUCUUGGUGUAUUUUGCUAUUGUACAUUUGAAUUGUUUAUAUUUUGCAAACAGGGAUGAUUACAUUUUUUGCUUCUUAUAUUCACGUAUGCCUUUCCAUUGUAAAUUUAUUAAAGUCAAAGCACACACACACACACAAAGUCAUUCUUCUGCUGAUCAUACUCAGCAAUUUGAUGGUGAAAAAAUAGUUUCUGGAGUCCUGGCAAAGAAAAAAACCCACAACCAUUUGCUGAGUUCCUGGCAAUAAAACAAAUAGUUGCUGGGGUUCUGGCAAUAAAUGGUAAAUGAAGCUGGUAACUUAUGAAUCCUCUUGGGCAGAUAGAGAUGAGACUGAACGCCAAGUCAAGUCUCUAAAUUGUUUGCCAUACUGCCUUCUUUUCCCCAAGGCCAAAGGGGCUAUAUACUCUUAAACUUAAACCUUGAGGAUAGAGUUGAUUUGCCUUCAAGAAGUUGACCCAUUUUUCCUGUUCCUCUGCUAGCAAGCUGUUCCUAGUGAUCUGAGGCCACCGUGCCAUUUUGGUCUUCUCAGAGAAACGCAUGCAUCGCCACAAAGGAACAUUGAUUACCAGAACUUGAUUUGAAGCCUUGAACAAUCCUCUUCAUUCAACAUUACAAGACUAAUUCCAGAUUUCUUUUGUUUCUCUGUGCCUUAUAGCAUGGUGGUCUUAUUCCUUUAACAAGUAAACAAUAUAUGCUUUAAAGUGGACUGUAGGAUUUGAAAGUCAAACUUGUUACUGAUUUGAUACCGUGUCAAAAAACUUGUGCCUGAAUAUGAUGUACUUCUGGGUAAAAGUCUCCUGGAUCCUGAUCAUAUUCUGUAGGAGCUCAAUAUUAUUCAGGGACUUGAUAAUUCUGAUGUUAUGCACAUGCCAUCUCUGUAACCUAGCCUUUUCCUGCCUUUGAGGCAAUGAAUCUGUAACGCGUUGUACCUUUGUUAUAAACAAAUGACUUGUACUAAAAGGCUUCCCCACAUCACAUAGAGGGAUUGAAUUUUCGGUCCCACUUUUACCAAUAAGGGUGUUUCCCCUUGUGUAUGGGGUAUGGUCUUAGUACAGCUGUAUUAAUCCAAGAGAUUGUUGAUCCUCUUAAACCCAGAGGCCUUUACAGAGAUAAACUGGAAUUUAGUGCUGUGGGAAAUUAGAAAGAUGCCCUCUAUGGGGAAAACCAGACUCCAAAGUUUGGGAAUUCUAUUGUUCAGAACACAGUGCAUCUAGAAGGAGGCUUGAAUGGGACCUGAAGAUUGCUAAGGUAGAUAAGAGUUUCCUAGAUUGAAUUAAUCACUCUCAUGAAAGAAGGUGUUGCAUACAUAAUAAUGAAAGAUUUGUUCAGCUUUUGUAGUACUUCAGCAGCUGGAGAGCUUGAAGGAUAAGGGUGGAGUUAGAUUUAGAAGAGGGGAGUGAUAGUUCGGUUUCCCAAUUUCAGGCUUUUGACUUCUCUAGAAUAGUUAAAUCUAAGCCCAGUUACAUAGGCAUCGAAGCAGGAGUUUUGGUAAGAGUGUGAGAAAGUUAGUCGGUUUUGAAAGGAAAAUAAAGAUGCUAAUAGUUUUACAAGAUUUUAAAAUUUGGAGUGUGAAGUAUGGAGUAUUAGACAUCCUGAAUAUGCUGCUCUUUAGCAUGUAGCACUUCCAAAUGCAGGGCGAAUCAAAGGGUGAAGAAGAUGGUUGGGGUAGCCCUGACAGGGAGGAUCUGUCCUCCUGGACAAGAUGGCUUGAGUGGAAUCCAUCAUCGCCCUGUGAGAAGAAAUUCUGAGUGCACAAUGAGUGGCUAUAUGCCAUCUACCCUGUUAUAUUGUUAUUUCAAAUAAAAGAUAAAAAUAAUUCUUCAGUGA